UAUAAGUGCCCCCCAGAGGGUCAGAAAUGGGCAGAGGGAAGGACAGAGCUGGACGACCGUGAGGAAAAUUCUGGACUACUUGUUAAAUUCCUGUAGACUGAUCUGAAGAUGCCGAAUUGGGGCGGGGGAGCCAAGUGUGCGGCCUGUGAGAAAACUGUGUACCAUGCUGAAGAAAUCCAGUGUAAUGGCCGGAGCUUCCACAAACCCUGCUUCAUCUGCAAGACCUGUCGUAAAGGCCUGGACAGCACGACUGUAGCAGCACACGAGUCUGAGAUCUACUGUAAAUCCUGCUACGGAAAGAAGUAUGGUCCAAAAGGCUAUGGAUACGGUCAGGGUGCCGGAGCGCUGAGCUCAGAUCCAGUGGAUAAUGAACAGCUCCAGUCUCAGGAGCUUAAACCUCCUCGUCCGUCCACCAACUCUAAUCCUGGUAAAUUUGCUCAGAAGUUCACCGGUUCUGACCGCUGCCCGCGCUGCUCUAAGGCCGUGUACGCUGCCGAGAAGGUCAUGGGGGCUGGAAAGCCGUGGCAUAAGACGUGUUUCCGUUGUCUGCUGUGUGGAAAAAGCCUGGAGUCCACUACAGUGACCGACAAAGAUGGUGAACUUUACUGCAAAGUGUGCUAUGCGAAAAACUUUGGUCCUAAAGGGCGUGGCCUGGGCAACAUGGGCGUGGUUGAAGACGGAGAAUGACAGCUUUGACCAGUUGACCAACAAUAAACAACAAACAUUUACUCUGUGAUUUAGUCCCUGUACAAAGAUCACAUCAGGCCUCUUACUUUAGCCUGCAGUUCAAAAACUCAAUUCAGAAAAGUGACCGUGUGAGAGCUGAUAACAGAAUAACAGAUAAACUAACACUGCAUUAAACACAUUAAUGAAGUGUUUUGACUUUGCAUCACUUAAUCCUCCAUCAGCCUGUUUAUCAUC